AUGGCGUGGGAGAUGGAGGAAUGUGCCAAGGAAAUCGCCUAUUUGGCGCAGAAGCACGCCCGUGAACUGGAUCAAGUCUUCCAGCGGUUACAGAGCCGCUUGUCUGAGAAGGGCAGCCCUCAGCCGCCAGGGGAGAUGGGAUGUUUGCUGACCCGCAUCUCCACCGGUGAUCGUGGUAGCUCACUGGAGGCACCUCAUAGCCCCGAUGACAAGCCGCCGAAGGUGGCCUUCAUGGGGUCCGAGUUGCCAGGAGCAGUUGCCGAGGGCGGUGCCAAGGAGGGCCUCACCGCGGUGCUGCCCAUGGACGGCCUGGGGACAGCUGACGCGCGCGCGGAGGGAGCGGAGUCCGAGGCGGGGAGCACGUCGGAGGAGUCCUCAGGCGGGGACGGGGGGAGCCCUUGCUAUCCAAGGGGCUCCGCAUCCUCUUACGCUAGGACUAAGAAACAGGUCACCAGAAAGAAGAUCAUCAAGAGUCAGGAUGAACAGGGGACAAAUACUUGGCAGCAACGCUUGGUCUACAGCCCUUGCUAUGAGCUGUACAGUGCUUUGCUGAUCCUCUUGAAUGCCAUCUUCGUGGGAUGGCAAACUGAAUAUGCCGCCUCAACGGUGAACCAACCGGCCUCCCAAGAUGGAUUCGAACCCACCUUUUUCUUUGUGGCACAGAUCGUCUUCUUCCUGGCCUUCUUCUUCGACUUGGUGCUCCGUUGGAUUGCUGAUGGCCUGAUUUACUUCGUCUGCAACGAGGAGAUGUACUGGAACGUUCUGGACAUCUUCGUUGUCUCCUUUAACCUGGUGGAAGUGAUCACUGAAACCAUGAUGUUUGCAGGGUCCGAGCAUGCUGUGCUGAUGACCAACUUUACGGUGGUUCGCAUGAUCCGCGUGCUGCGCGUGGUGCGCAUCGCCCGAGUCAUUCGUGUCUUGAAGGCCUUUCGGGAGUUGCGCUUGAUGGUGGCCUCCAUUGUGAGUUCGGCUCGAAACCUGCUUUGGGUUAUCAUGAUCCUUUGCGUGCUGCUCUAUGUUUUUGGGAUCAGUUUCACCAGCGCAGUAGCUUUGGAACUGGAGAUGUCGCCGGCAGAUGCACCUGGCACGGAUGAGUUGAAGAGGUACUUUGGUUCCCUUUCCAGCUCCAUUUUGACGCUGUACAGCUCCAUGAGUGGGGGCGAAGAUUGGACCGUGUACUACUAUGCCCUUGGUCGCCUCGCUUGGCCGUACCAGACACUCUUUCUAUUCUUCGUCACCUUUGCUGUCUUCGCGGUCGUCAACGUGGUCACAGGUGUUUUCGUGGACACGGCUAUUGAGAAGAAUCAGACAGACAAGGAGCUGGCCAUCCAGGAGGAGCUGCGAAGCAAGAAGCUGCGCAUGAAUUGGAUCCGCGACGUUUUCAGCGAGUUGGACUCGAGCGGUGACGGCACGGUGACACUGAAGGAGUUCGAGAGUCAGCUGAACCACGAGGCGGUGAUUGCCUACUUCAACACGCUGAAGUUGGACGUGAGCGACGCCAGGAGCCGUGCCGUUUCACGGUGGCGCCAUGGCGGUGAUGGCUCGGACGGGGUCAACAUCGAAGAGUUCGUGCAGGGCUGCUAUCGACUCUCGGGGGAGGCCACCACGCUGCAUACCCAGGUCAUGCAAUGUGACAUCAAGGACAUCAUGAACAAAAUGGGUCACAUCGUGGGGCUCCUGGACGAGCUUCGCGUCUCCCUGGCCUCGCGCCGCCGCAGCUCGCGGCCCUCGGGGCGCUUCAGCGGCAUCUCGGAGCUGGCGGACGUGGCGGAUGCGGCGCCGCGAGCGAGCCAUCGAUCCUCCAUGGACAGCGUGCAGAUGGCGUGAAAGGCCACAGAUUGCCAUAGAUCCAUGGCGAUCCAUGGCGAUUCAUGGCGAAAAAGGGGCUGAAAUGGACUGGAAAUGGUAGGUGAUGGCUGAGGGCCAACUUUUUGAAGUGAAGAAAUGAG